AUGGAGUUCAUUGACGAAGCCGUCCAAUCCUUCCUCCGUCAGGAUGGAGAGCCCCUACCUCGCAUCACCCUUGGUGCUGUGAAUCGAGAUGGUAAAUUCCAUAAAAGAACAGAAACAUUUGACCACCACAUCAGUAACAAUUCUCAGGAACCCUACACUACGCAAAUGGAAGGACCCCAAAAUCUUGACUUGAUUCAGCGAGAAGAACGAACCCCAAUUCCGACCAGCAAAAUGCCCUCCUACUCUUCGGCACUUCAAAUCAAUUAUCUUGUAUACAUUCUUCUCAUUAAAUCCUUUCAAGACUCCUCUUGA